AUGCUGGACAACCGCAUGGACGUCUCUGGUGGUCAGUCCGGCCACGGGGGUGUCAUUGACUUCCAGAAGCAGCUCAUCCUGGAGGAGCUUACCGCUGUGGCAGAGUCGAGAGUCCGGGAGAGGCUCGCCAAUCACGGGGAACUGUCCUCUCUCCGCGCCGCCAGUCAGCUCCAGCCCCAGGUCGCCCUCCUCAGCCCUACAAAGAAAACUCUCAUGGACUUUGUUGGUCCAGUGGUUUUUCCUCUUUUUCAGGCUCUUGGACAUGGCUCAGACGAGGGAGAUAUACAUGAGAUCUCCUACCAGGACACCAACUCUAUUCCAGCUGAAGAGCGCCUGUCCAUCUGUCUGUGGUUUCUUGCCACUGGGGACUCCUACAGGACCAUUGCGGGGAGCUUCAGAGCAGGCAUAUCCACCGUCUCCAUGCUCAUCCCAGAUGUGGUGGCAGCCAUCUGGGACUGCCUCGUGGAGGAGUUCAUGGCUGUGCCUGGAGCAGAGGAGUGGAGAUCCAGCGAUGGAGGCAUCGUGUCCAACUCUGCCUUUGGUAAUGACUGCCAGACUCCACUGCGACUCCACUCCAACUUCAGGAGAGGAAAGAGAGAGAGCAGGAACUGA